CACAAAAAAAUUAGAACUUUCCCUUUUUGACGAAAUCACAGCACCCACACAAAAUCCCCCUUUAUCUCCAUCUUCCCUUCGAUCUCUAUACGAUUUUUGCAAUUGACCCAGAACCAUCUCACUGGUUGUGCCUCCGGUUGUGCCUCCGCAUGUGCAGAUUUGACUCCUAGUGCCACGAAUACAAUGGAUUGAACCUUCGGCUAAUCCCCCUUCGAUUCCUCGCCUCAUCCACCGAAUUAACUGAUUCUCUUCAACUUUGUCGGUGGCUGGUGGGAAGCCCAUACAGUUUAUGGUAAAUAUCUGCAAUAUUUUCAUAGCAGUUCUCAACUUUUUCCCUGAAGCUGCAAUUACAAAUGCCUAGUUACAACACUGCUUCUUCCGUCGCAACAAACCCAAAGGCGCGAAAAGGUAAUACAGAACAAGAGUUUGGACUUUGCCAGAUAUAUUCGCAUGAAUUCAUUCUACUAAUUCCCUGUUAGCUACGCCCGUCGAUUCGGCUGUAUACAAAAGCCUAAGUCUGUCCAUGCCUCCAUCUUGGGUUUCCGAGUUAUUUAAUUUGGGCGUCUGAGGUAUCGGCCAGAAUUUUCUACCUAGGAUUAGCGGGUGAAUCUGUUUCAUGCACCACAGGCCGGUUCCUUGCUGAGCUGACAAAGCAAGUGUUUGCUGAUCUUGCUUGUAUUAACUAUCAGUUUCCACUGCAGCUCCUACUUGAUAUGAAGUUGGGCUGAACUAUCUUGAACAACAGCCCCAGUGUGGGCUUAUAUUGGACUGGUCAUCAUUUGAAAUCAUCUGCUGUAUUACUGAUUGGAACUUGACGUUGGAAAAAUGCUGGAGUAGGAAAUCUUAGUCAAUCUUGAACCUAGUUGGCUACGUCUUCCAAUGUGGCCACAACUAGGCAUCAAAGUGGUUGUGCCUCAUAUGUGUUGGGGACAAUUUGGUGAUGCUGGUGGGAGCCCUCCGUCCAGAAAUUAUAACGUCUAGUUUGAAUCUAACAAAAACAAAAAUUUCCAAUUUGCUGCCCCUCCCCCCUCCCAAAAUCUGAAAAUAGUGCCUAUCUUAGUUAGAAUACAUAAAUGACUCAAUGAUUGCGCAACCUAUCUAAUAAGAGGACAUAAUAUUUACGGAUAUAAAAUUAAUACUUACUGGUAUAUAGCAUCAUAAGAUUGUUGAUUGUCAUUAUAACAAAGCAGCAAGAAUGAAUGUUACAAAAUUACUGAAAGCAUCCAAUCAUGGUGCAAUUAACUGGACGUAUUUAUUAGUAGAUAUUGAAUAUGAUGGUUGAGAUUAGAAGCAGGUUGCCCCCAUGGUAUAUAUAAACAGCUAUAUAUUAAGCAUUUUAGGAGUGCAGAAAUGUUAAAUAUAUUGAUGUACCAUCCAUGGUGUGCCAACCAUUUUAUAAAAUAUUUUUGGCAUAAUGGAUAAAUUGGUCUAGAUCAGAAUUUUCAAACACACCAUUACAUUUUAGGACUUUGCCAUGGUGUUGUCUUUUAUAAAGUGAUCGUUCAAGAACUUUUUCAACUUAAUUUGUGUCAUAUUACAAUUUCUAUUACACUUGGUACCAAAAGUGUAACUAGAACAUGGAUAAUUAAGUUUUAAUAAAAUACUUCAUAUUAAUGCAGAUUCCACAAUUACAUAGAAAAUGGUCAACUUUAAAUUUCUAUAUAAUUACUUUCAGAUUUGCCUGAAAUUCAGAACAGGUUAUGGUGUGCCAGUGGAUAUUUUAAAUGGUUUUUUGGCAUCAUAUCACAAAUUGGACAAUAUGCUGAAUUUUCAAACACACCAAUGCAACUUUGGACUUUGCCAUGGUGUUGUAUUUUAUAAAGUGAUCAAAUUGAUCUUUUUCACCUUAAGUUGUGUCAUAUUAAUUUUUUCUAUUACACUUGGUACCAAAAUUUCAACUAGAACGUGGAUAAAUAAGUUUUAAUAAAAUACUUCAUAUUUAUGCAGAUUCCAUUGCUAUAACGGAUCUAUAGAUGGUCAAGUUUAGAUUUUUAUAUAAUUACUGAAAAUGGUUUUGAGUAAAAUUCAGAAUAGAUUAUUUAAACAUUUAAAAAUGGUUGGGGGGAAAAUGUACUACAAAAGAGGGAAAAUAGAAAAGAGGCGCAUAUCAAAGGCGGGAGACUUGUAUAUCUUUACUGCUUUUAAGGGUAUAAAUGUAAUUUACAUACACAGCUGAAGUGAUUUGCACCCAUCCCAUAAAGAAGUCAGAAAGUUUAAAAGGUAAAAUACGCCCAGCUCUGUUAUCUGCAUGCAAUAUCUCCAGUUUUACAAGCUCACUGACAUCUUGGAUAUUCCAGCAAGAAAGGAAAUCUCCCACUACAAGCCUGGCCACUCCAGCAAAAGCAAUGAAGUGGUUCUAGCUUAUUAGAGGUCAACAAUACCUUACUUUCUGAAAAUUCCUUUCAGCAAUCAUCAAGAUGCACCAUAAGAGUAGCAUGCCCGAAAGAGUUGCUGGGUGAUUUUGCACUGCUACCUGGGAAAGUUGGUGGGUGAGUUGGCUCAUCCACAGGUAUAUUCCUCUCUUUCUUGCAUUGAGGACUUAAAGUCUAGUUAAAGUGUAGGACAGCCGGUCACAAAAAGUUCAGAUUGAGAUUAUCGACAAACACUUUCACAUACAUACGGUUACUGGCCUCACGCUGACUUAAGGCCACAAAUUUGCAAGGAAAGUGAGGCAAAUGAGGACCAACAUGGAUGAAGAAGGUGGACAAAUGGGGCAAAGUGUCCGAGGAUGGGGGAGAGGAAGGGGAUGGCGUCCUAUACGAAGCGGACCCCCUGGAUUUCCAUGCAGAAAACGUGAUGCAAUCUUGAGGGAAUGCACCCCAGAGCAAGUUGUGGGACCAACCUUUAAUCUUCUUACAGAAUCUCCAACUAUAGAAGAAGAGGCUUCUCGUCCUUAUUUGAUCCCGAGACCAGGGAUUACAGAUGGCGAUAACGGGGAUGCUGCCAUGGAGGAUGUAAGAGUAUCGGUACCCGCCCCAACACAGAAGAAACGUGGACGUGGCCCAGCCAAAUGCACUGAGUUUGAGAAGCUUCGUAAGCACGGGCUAAUACAUUUGAAGAUCAAUGAUGGGGAGAUGGCUCCAUGUUGUUCUAAUGCCGGUAUGUUCACAACAAGAAUAACAUGGAUAUUGAAACACCAUGCAGACAUGAGUCAUGCAAGGUGGACGGAUGUACCCAAGCCCGAGAAGGAUGAGUUGAUGGAGCGCAUCCGGGGUGACUUUGAAUUGGAUUGGGAGAAACACAAUCAUCAAAUGGCUGUUUGGAAAGCCCUACGUAAGCGGUUUAACGCUUAUCACCAUGAAUUGCACAAGAAGUAUAUGAAGUUUGCCACUCAUGAGGAGGCAUUGGCUUCCGAGACUAGUAUGGUCAACCCAAUAGUAUGGACUAAACUUUGUGAGAGAUGGGGAAGUGAUUCCUUCAAGAAAAUGUCAGCUAGAAAUAAAGAAAGUCGCAAGAAACUCGACGUUAAUCAUACAUCUGGGUGCAAGUCAUUUGUUAGGGUACUUGAGGAAAAGCGAGUACACGGAACCAACGUAGUGGACUUCUAUCGACACACUCGGUGGUCAAAGAAGAAAGAGAAGUUUGUGACCCCAGCAACGGAGCAUAAUUAUAACAAGAUGACCAGCAAAAUGGAUGCAUUAGAGCCUGAAAAACGGACGGAUGAAGCAGCAUCAGAAAUAUUUAGGUCGGUACUUGGUCAAAGAGCAGGAUAUGCACGAGGGUUAGGAGAAAUGGUAAUUCCAGACUCUAGAAGAGUACAUGAUCGUAUACGAGAUAAGGAGUAUGCGGAAUUGGUAGAACGACACAAGAAAGAUGCUCAAACUCACAAGGAUGAACUAGAGGCUGUACGGGAAGAUAUGAGGAAGAUGAUGGAGAGGCAACGUGAAUCUGAGAAGAAGAUGAUGGAGAAGCAACGUCAAACAGAGAAAUUAUUGAUGUCCUUAAUGUCGGAAAGGCAGCUGUGCUCAGAAAUGCAGCAGAGGCAGCCGUGGACUCAAAUUGCGAGGCAGCCGUGGGCUGAAUCACAGAGGGGGCCGUGGGCUGAAUCACAGAGGCAGCCGUGGGCUGAAUCACAGCGGCAACCAUAUUCUGAAAAGCAGAGGCAGCCAGCAUCAGAAUCUGAGGAGCCGGCUUCCUCAGAUUCAAUCUCACCCACUCCUUGGUCAACUCCAUGAGCUGGAUGCAGCUUGUGGAUGUCCCUGUUUUGGGAAUUUUUGGUAGUUAGGUGGCAGGUAAAAAUCUGGAAUUUUUUGGCAGUAAGGUUGAUUUGCUUAUUUGGGUUAGUGGUGUGAGAGUCUACACACUGAAUAUAAGUUUUUUGGGGAGCUAACUAAAUGAGAAGGGGGGGGAGACCAGAUAAUAGUUUAAGUGCAUCGUGGACAUCCAUUAUGUCUUUUUGUAUACCUUUAGACUGCAGGAAUAUAUAACCCAUGUCCCAGGACAAAAGCUAAAUUUGUUCAAAUGUAUAUUAUUAACGGAUCUAUAGAUGGACAAGAUGGUGGUGUUAAUGUGCACUACAUAAGGUUCUAAAUGAAGUUAAUAGGAGGGUGUAGGUGAGGAGCUGCUGAACCACACACUCUGCUCUUGAAAAAUCAGAAGUUGGAUGGCAAAAUUUUCCAAAUAGUACACAAAGCUAGUCCUUAAAAUAUUCUCAUGGACAGCAAAAGUUGGAAUCUGCAGUUUCACUAAUGCACAGAUUAAAGGUACCAACUGAUGAGUAAAAUGGCACACCAGUGGGGUUGAUGGAAACCAUGCUCCAGCAUGUGUGGUAAAAGAUGAAGUGCAGAAAGAGAUUAUAAAUUUACUGGUGUAGAUAGCCUCAACCAUAUUUUUGGAUCUAAUGGGGAUAUAGUAUGCAUUGAACAAAACAAACACAGUCUGGAGUGUUGAUUAUAAAGAUGCCAACAAGUAGUGGGAGUCUCCCACCUCACCCUCAACACAAUCAAUGAUUACAAGUUAAGGUUAAGCUGGUAUGAAGUUGAAGUUUUCAUACCCAAUCUCCCAAAGUCAAAAUUUCUUGUAAAUGGAUAGUGGGUUUGACAUUUCCAGUUUACUCAUAGAUUAUUUGGAGUUUAGUUGGUAUAUUUGAAAUAGCAUGGAUUAAUGCUUUGGCUUGUUGGGCAACACCAUUUCUAGUGUGGUAAUAUCUGCAAGUUGAAUCCAUGUCUUGGUAUAUUUUGAGAUUAUUGACCUUUAAACUAUGUGAAG